AUGGUUCCAGAGAAAAAGAUCGUUCUGAUUACAGGGGCGAAUGCUGGAGUUGGAUUUGCAAGCGCCACUAUCAUUGCCGAGCACUCUUCAUCUUUCCAUGUCAUCAUCGGAGCCCGGUCAGCGAUCAAGGGCCAGAAAGCUGUAGAUGAUCUGAAAGCGAAGGGCUUCCCCGGCACGGUUUCGACCGUGAAGCUGGAAGUUCAGGACGGUGCAUCCAUCGCGGCCGCAGCGAAAGUUAUCGAAGAAGACUUCGGAAAGCUCGACGUGCUGGUCAACAAUGCGGGACUGAUGUCGUACGAUACGGACUACGCCAACCAGCUACAAGAGGAGUUCCCGGUCAACACUUUCGCCCCUCUUCUGGUCACUGAUGCCUUCGUCCAUUUGCUCAAGAAGUCCAAGGAUCCUCGCAUCAUCAAUGUCAGCAGCUCCCUUGGUUCGACGACGCUGUUGAGGGAGGAAGGCCUCGAUUGGGCAUUCAAGCAAGCUGUGACGUAUCGAAUGUCCAAAGCUGCUCUGAACAUGUUGACCGUCUGUCAAACGGCGCAGUUCGGCUUGUGGGGCGCGAAGGUGUGGAGCUACUGCCCUGGGUUUGUAGUAACAAACGGGUGGGGUGACAGCGAGGAGAGCAGGCAGCAGAUGAGGGACAAUGGUGCCCAAGAUCCAAGAGAGUCUGCGCUUGGGAUACUGAGCAUCAUCAAUGGGGAGCGGGACGCGGACGCCGGAUACUUCAUCAAUAAGGCUGAGAGGAUCCCUUGGUAG